AUGAUUCAAAAUGAUUCUUCAGCACCACCAAAAAAUGUCAAUGUCAAUGAAUUCAAUUUCCACAUCCAGGAAAAAUUGCCAGAUAAUUCGGAAACGUAUAAAUCCAUUGAUACUGCUAUGAAUGAUGAAGACGCAGUCAAUUAUCCGGUUGAAUUUUUAAAUUCUUUGGAACCAACAGGCAUGCCACCGCAUAAUUUGAAUUUGAAAGUUGGUUCAUCGAUUAUACUUCUUCGAAAUCUUAAUGCACCGAAACUUUGUAAUGGGACGAGACUUUCAGUGAAGAAAUUGAUGCCAAAUUUAAUUCAAGCAACAAUUCUCACUGGCAAAGCAAAAGAUGAAAUUGUACUAAUACCGCGCAUCUCAUUAAUACCAACGGACAUGCCAUUCGAAUUUAAACGUCUUCAAUUUCCUGUUCGGCUAUCUUUUGCUAUGACCGUCAACAAAGCCCAAGGGCCAACGCUCCAG